GAGCGAGUUCUGUGAGAGAAAGUAAGCCAGUACGCGCUGCCUUCCCUCCUUGUGUAUUUCUCUUCCAGUCCCGUGUGCUGCGCUCCGGCGCGCGAUACUUCACCAGGUUAAGAGCUGAAUAAAUCGACAACUUGUGACUCGUUGGAGAUUUCAACAACAUUAAGUUUAUUCAAUUAAAAAGACGUGCUCACAACAUGAAGAACAGUGCUAUCGGAAUUAGUUGCUGUUAUAGUGCUUCAUACAACAACAACAAUAAUAAUAAUUAGAAAAGUUUUACGUCAGGUGCUAAAGUAAAUUCAGUUCAACGCUCCUCUUGACCGUUGGGUCGACUGUGGAUACAUGAGUAGAAACCGCCAUAGCAGAAGUUAUAGUGCUUGCGUGUUGUUUUCGUGAAUUAAAAUGUGCUCACCUUGAGAAGACGUUGACGCAGGCGAACAGUCACAGAUGCUUCGAUUACGUAAAAGUCAAUAUCGUCUUACCGUUGAUUUCAAUCUCUACCACCUUUCUUACCAUGCACCCAAAUCCCGUAAGGACCACAAGGCAUCUAUUGUUCUUUGCUAUUGCGCUUUUUUCGCUAGUAGAGAAAAAUAGUGCCGGCUCGUAGUAAAAUGUAAUGUUCGCUCGGUUGGAGUAACUCUAGUUGCCUUUUUCCCAAGAAGGGAAAGAGGAGAGGUUUCACUUUAUCAUCUCUUUUAAAUUAGAAGGUCUAAAAGCGAGUCCGAGUUCCACUACUAUAAAAUUGGGUCUGCUAACUUAACCAACUCGUCACUCUCGUACCGCGGUAGCGCUGAACUGCUUUUAUUGCCAUUUAUUGAAGAUGAAGCUCUAGCCGAAAACAAUAAUAACCUCAACGCUGAUCCGAAUAAUUCCAACGGGCAAAUGGCAGCGUCGAUCAAUUUUAGCAGUACAUCGCAGGUACAGCUGAGCGGGCUCGACAAUAGCGUUCCAGUUAGUGGAGAUCAUCAACCACAACAAAAAGGGGGAGAAGCGAUGUACGUCCAUCAGCCGUCGCUAAUGAAUAUGUCAUCGAUUUACCCACUUGAGUACGCUGUGCCAAUUUACGGCUACGCGAUGCCACCACUGAUGAUAGUGACGAUCGUGGCGAACACAUUUGUCGCCGUGGUACUCUCACAACGGCAUAUGGUCACGCCAACAAACAUUGUCCUUCUAGCGAUGGCUGUAUGCGAUAUGUUGACGCUGACGUUUCCUGCUCCUUGGUUUUUCUAUUUGUACACGAUGGGCAAUCAUAACCUGCUCCUGGGUCCGGCCCCGCUGUGCUUUGCGUUUGUUUCUAUGACCGAAGUGAUCCCGAACGCGUUUCAUACGACGUCGAUUUGGCUGACCGUCUUCUUGGCCUCACAGCGAUAUAUCUACAUAUGUCAUCCGCAAGCGGCGCGCAAGUGGUGCACAUUGCCUCGCGUGUGUAGAACUAUAGGCGCUAUCGCGUUGGCCGCGUUCGGACAUCAGAUGCUUCGCUUGUUCGACUGCGAGUUCCAUGAUAUCUCUGUCGAACUUGACGACGGCCGCCAGGUGGUUGUAUGUGAUAAACGUAAUGCACCAUGGGUAGUGCAUUUCUUCACGACGCACAUCUACUACAACGCGUACUUUACAUUUAAGGCACUUUUCGUUAACCUCGUUCCGUGCGCAAUGCUGGUUCUUCUCAAUAUUCUGCUAUUCCGCGCCCUCAAACAGGCCCAACUGAAGAAGCGCAAGCUCCUUAAGGAUGACACUAGUCAUCCUAUGGGCUUGCUCAGUCAGUUAACGCUCCAAAUGUCGAACAGCACUCGAAUCGGCAGUGCGAAGAUGGGAGUUCAACUUUUACGGACUCUUAAUUGCAGCGAAAGCAGGAGCAAAAAUCCAAAGAAGAAACUUUGCCGAAAGGACGAUUCUUCCUUGACGACGGGCUUCGUCAGCAUGCACUCGAUGGGCAGUUCGUCGAACGCUAUCGUUAAUAGUGAAGGCAGUAGGAAUCCCCGGAAUGACUCACAUACUGGUAUUACGCUUAUGUUAAUUGUCGUUGUGACGGUUUUCCUCGCCACCGAAAUACCGAACACGACCGCCGUUAUUCUGCACGUUCUCAAUAACAAUUGUCACUUGCGGAUUUCCUACGAUGCGCUCAACGCUCUCAUGGUUGUCGUAAAUUUCUUUUUUAUGGUUAGUUACCCUUUUAAUUUUGCCAUAUAUUGUGGUAUGAGCAAGCAGUUUCGUAGCACGUUUCGGGAACUGUUUGGUACAGGAUGGCUACGAUCGCCCGGCGAAGACGUGUGUCGAAACGCUCGAACGGCUAGCUCAAUGGUCGCCAUGAACGGAGGAAGUCUAACGGCUAUCAUAAACACACAACGUACACUAGAAACCGUCUUGUAGGAAGCGAAAGAUACAAUAACGGAAGAUUAAAACGUCAUACAAUACCUAUACAACCUGUCAAGUCGGCGUAGCAUAGAUUCAAUUUGAACUCGACCACGUCGCGAAAGGGAUCAACAAAUUGAGUUACGACGCUCGAAAGGAGCGGGAUGAU